CAGUCAGCCAAAAUAAGCACUAAAAUGCAGCAGACACACAACGAAGCAGAAUCCGACCUCCAGGGAGAGGAGACUGCCUGAUCAUGUGACCAGACAAAAUGGCGGACGAGGCGAUGGUAGACGGGGCAAGCAUCGUAGCUCAAUCGUUAAAGGCUCAGGGAGUGGAGUACAUAUUUGGUAUUGUGGGCAUACCAGUAACAGAGGUGGCUAUAGCAUGCCAGGCAGAAGGAAUCAAGUUUGUAGGGAUGAGGAAUGAACAGGCAGCAUCUUACGCUGCUGGUUGUAUAGGGUAUUUAACAGGAAAGCCUGCUGUGUGCCUUGUCGUCUCGGGGCCAGGACUGGUACAUGCUCUGGCAGGGAUGUCCAAUGCCAAUGAAAAUGGCUGGCCACUGAUAGUAAUAGGUGGGUCUACUGAUGCUGACCAGGAGGGUCAGGGUGGCUUUCAGGAGUUCCCUCAGGUGGAAAGCACACGUAUCUUCAGCAAGUUCUCUGCUCGACCAAGCAGCAUUGAGAGAAUCCCUUUCUAUAUUGAAAAGGCAGUGCGGUACAGUACUUAUGGCAGACCAGGUGCUUGCUACAUUGACUUGGCUGGGAAUCAGAUCAGAGGAACUGUGGCAGAGAGCGCAGUCUGGCAGGUGACCCCCUGCCCACCACCACCCAAAACCCUGGCUGACCCCAGCAGUGUGAAGACGGCCAUACAGGAGCUGAUGAGAGCUAAGAGACCACUGGUCAUUGUAGGAAAAGGUGCAGGAUACAGUGGAGCAGAGGGCUCUAUUCGUAUGUUCUUGGAGACAUGUGGACUGCCAUUUUUACCGACACCCAUGGGAAAAGGUGUGGUAGCAGACGAACAUGAACUUUGUGUCAGCGCUGCAAGGUCAAGGGCUCUCUUACAAGCAGACGUUAUAUUGUUGUUGGGUGCCAGACUUAACUGGAUCCUCCAUUUUGGAAAGCCUCCCAGAUUCAGGGCAGACGUGAAAGUCAUUCAGGUUGACCUAUGUCCAGAGGAGCUUGGAAAUAACAUACGUCCAGUUACGGCCUUGCAUGGUGAUGUGGACUGUGUG